AUGUCGCAAUCGCUGACGACCCGAGUGUCGCCAUGCUGCUGGAGGACACUGUUCAGUGAGCUCCGGCCACAAAAACAGGCCCGCAGAACCUAUGUCCAGCUCCAGCGCGGCCCCGUCACAAAACUCGAACUUCCUACAAAUCUACCCCCAGCCUAUUGGUCGCAACUACCAGAGCGACUACGGCCAGACCGAGUCCGGCGAGAAAUCAUGAUCUACAAACCACCCGUGUCCGCCGCAAAGACAUGCAAGGAUCCGGUGGCCCUGAUCGAGCAACAACAACUAUCCAUCCUCGACCCGACAGGGGCGCGGUCGCGGCUGUUCUCCAAGACGAACCUGGAGCGCGCCAAGGUCGGCGACAUCCUGUACACGACGUUCAAGUCCGGCGAGCCGUUCGCGGGCGUCAUCCUCUCAAUCAAGGGCUCGGGCCCGCACGCCUCGGUCCUCCUCCGCAACCACCUCACCAAGAUCGCCGUCGAGAUGAGCAUCAAGAUCUACAGCCCGCUCGUGCAGAGCAUGGAGAUUGCGCAGCGUGCGCCCAAGAGGAAGCGUAGGGCCAGACUCUACUAUAUGCGUAAACCGGAGCAUGAUCUGGGGAGUGUGCAGAAGGUCGUCGAUCAGUAUUUGAGGCAGCGGGCCUUGUUGACCGGUGGUGGUGGUACUGCUGGGAGGACGACGGGCCACAGUCGCGGUGGCUUCAAGGGGAAGAAGGGGAAGAGAUAG